GUCACGUUGAGUAUUAGACCCGAAUUGAAAGCGUUGAAAUCUGACAACGUCGAUCAGUCAUUUUCCUUUUCCGAUUUAUGUUAACCAGACGAAAUGGUACAACGUUUGGUGUUUCGUAGACGACUGUCGUACAACACAAAAUCCAACAGGAGACGAAUUGUUCGUACCCCUGGAGGUCGAUUAGUGUAUCAAUACCUAAAGAAGCCGAAGAAGGUCCCGAGAUGUGGAAUGUGCAAGGAGCGUCUACGCGGAAUACUUCCUGCCAGAUCUUAUGAAAAGUCCCGUAUAUGUUAUCGUAAGAAGACAGUGAAGCGUGCGUACGGUGGAGUACUUUGCCAUAAAUGUGUAAAGGAAAAGAUUGUGAGGGCGUUCUUAAUUGAAGAACAGAAAAUUGUAGUUAAGGUUCUUAAAGCUCAACAAGGUGGAGUUGCUGCCGCUAAAGCUAAGCCUAAGAAAUGACUACAUUAAUAAAUGUUUAUAUUUAGAA